UGGCGUUUACGUUUAGUUUAUAAUGAUCUGUUGAGCCGGUGGCCAUUGUUUUAAGUUGACAUGAGUUUAUUCUAUUAUUAAGUUAACAUUUAAGUUUUUCGUCUAAGUUGUUGUGAAUUCAAAUUUAAGUUUAUAAACAGUUAUUAUUUUAUUAUUGAUAAGUGGCUUUGAACCAAAAUGAUGGAUGACAGUAUCCCUUCAUCCAUUAUGUUAGACGAUAUCCACAACACUCUUUUGUUUGGGGAUGUUGUGGAUAUUUCACCUGUGGCAUACGAACAGGAGGCUUGCCAGAUGGAAAGUGACCCCCCAUGGCCAUCUACAACACUGGGGGUCUUGCAGACGCCAAUUGGACCACCUGCAAGGACUGUUUUUAAUGGAAUACAUAAUUUCGUUGUUGAAAUUGAUGGAUCAAAUACCCAAAAACAGAAGUACUUGUAUUCCCAUCGACUGAACCGGAUAUACGUGAACAUGGAGUGCAAUUUUUCGGUGAAUUUCAAAUGGGACACGAACGAGGCGAUGUACGUGCGCGCCACCACCGUGUUCUCGGAGCCCGCGCAGGCGCAGAAGAGGGUCGAGCGAUGCAUACAACACUCGCACGACUCCUACAAUCAGCCGCUCCGGCCGGAGCCGCACGUGGUGAAGAACGUGCUGCGCUCGGCGCGCGCGGCGGGCGGCGCGGGCGUGCACUACUGCGGCAGCGCGCACCGCGCCGACUCCUGGUACUCCGUGCUCGUGGCCUUCGCCGCGCCCGCCGCGCACGCCUUCCAGUUCGUGUGCAAGAACAGCUGCUCCACCGGCAUCAACCGCCGCCCCAUCGACGUCAUCUUCACCCUCGAGGACGUCUCCGGCGCCGUGCUGGGGCGGCACGUGGUGGGCGCGCGCGUGUGCUCGUGCCCGCGCCGCGACAUGCUGGCCGACGAGAAGCAGGCCGGCGGGAAGCGCCGCGCGCCCGCCGCGCCCGCCGCGCCCGCGCCGCCGCCCGCCAAGCGCCUGCUGCGCGAGCGCGACCGCGCCGACGACGACGCCGUCGUCACGCUGCCCGAGAUGAGAAUUUACGGUGUGAGGACGGCGACGGCCGGCAUUAAAGUGAUGCUCGAAAUGAUGGAACACGUGAAGGCCAUCAAAAGCAGCGUCCAGCAACCGGUCGACGAGCUCAACAGAACGAUAAAUGAACUUAAAACCAUUAAAGACAACAUAAAGUCUAUUAAGAAGGAGAACGACCAGUGAGUUAUUUUAAGUUUAAAAUAAGAAAAUAUUUUUAAAGUUAUAUUUUUUACAAAUUAAUUCAUAAGUAUUUUUUUAACCGAACACCGUGCACGGUGGAUCAGUGUGACGCUGUCGACGCCACGUGACGCGUGACCGUUGGCAGCACAAUGACAGUGUAAAGGCUUAAAUCAAAUUUUCACUAUGACAAUAUAUAAUAACAUAUAUGCGAUAUAAGUUAAUAUCGCUGUCCGUAGUUUUAAGUAGCCGAUCAGAGUUAAUGUUAUAUAUGUAUAUUAUAUCCCAUAGUGAAAUUUGAUAAGCCUUCGUUCAUUAGAGAGCCCCUCCGUCGUUUAUUUCUUAAGGUAGAUCUCUGUCGGGAUGAUCAACCUGGUGUUCAUUGGGUGUGUGUUCUAUUCUCCAAUGGCAAAGGGAUAAAGAUAAAUAAACCUCCGUUUACAGUAUUCAUAUUCCAAGCUAUGGUCUGUUCUAUUAUGCACUGAAAAGUUCUUUUUAAUACAACACUAACUAUAUUUCUAAUAGUUUGUCGACAUUCAAAAUCAUAUUUAAUACCAUGGCUUCAUAUGUCAUGUGAAUUCAAGGUCACAGUUGAGUGUUUAUCCUGCCUCCAGCCAUUGGAGUCUGCUAUAGAAAUACUUCUUCACAAUUAUCAAGAUUAUGUUGCUUUUUACAUUCCGAUUGUCAUUGAUUUAUUUGAUAUUAAGUUUUCGAAUUGGCGUUUAGUGACUUUUCGUUAUUAUUGUUUUAGAUAUAUGUAUAUGAUUUUAUGUAAAAUCAUGAAAAAAAUCUUGCAAUAGAAUCUAUUGUGCCAUUUUAUUUUUUGUUAGUUUUCUUUUUUCGAAAUUACGUCAACGUUCGGUUGGAAACCGAAUAUAUUCAAAAAAUAUAUAUAUUUAGAUAUAUCAUUGACAUUUAUAGUACAUAACAACUGUAAUUCUGCAAUUCCGUUCAGAAUUAUGUCAUUUAGUUCUGUUUUGCUGACCGUCUUUUCGAACUGAAUGAAAAUGAAUAUUUUAUUCUUAACAAUUUGUGACCCUGUUCACUUGUUGUCUUCAAUCUGUUCGUCCACCGAGCCUCACCUUAAAUAAUAAAUUUUGGAUCGAAAGCAUCGAAUCAAAAUGUCGAGUACAUUUAAAUUAGGUAUUAGUUUCUUAGACAUCAUUAAUAUUGCGUGCUAUUUGGACUGUGUUGCCGCGACAAUGGAUAUCAUAUUUGAAAAUGCGACUUUAAAUAAUUGCCAGUUGCAAAAAACCUUCUUUUUUUAAAAUAUAAGGACAAAUGACAACUUGAAAAAUAUAAUAAAGUUACAUUGAAUUUAAAUUUGGAAUCCACAGUCAAAUGCAAUAAGAAAGUUUAAAAUGGCCAGUAUAGAAAACGCAAUUUCAUUAGUGAAGUUCGAAUAACGAAUGUUAUUCGAAUGUUUUCCCGCCUAUUUUACAUUUAAUAUAAGAAAUACGUUAGUAGGCUGAAUAAUUUAUUCAUCUAACGAAUAACUACGGCGAUAAACUCAGGCCGAUUAGUGAGAUGGAUUCGUUUAAUUAAUAAACCAUUCAUUUGUCUGUUCACCGUUCAUAUCAUUCAGUAGUCUUUUGUUUUAAAAAUAUCAUGAAUUGAUACAAUAUUCAAGAAACCAUUAUUUUACUUACGGAUAGUAGGUUAAAUGUAUGAGUAUUUAAUUAAAAAAAUGCAAGCGAAACUUAAUCAUAGUAACCUGAUAAAGUUUAUAAAUCAUUAAAGGUAUUAAUCUUUUUCUAUGGAAUGAGGUAUGUUGUUGUAGAAGACCGCUAUUAAGUUCAAUUUCAAACAAUAACCAGUGCUUAUUUCUGCAAAAAAAUUAUAUCCGGCUAUUAUUUAUUGUUUAGUUGAUGUAAAGUUUUAUCUCUUUCUGUCAUCGUUGAUUUUACAUUCGAAUGAAGAAGACAGCACUGUUUCUAAUCAUCCCCCUAAGCGACAUUUGUAUGUUAAGUUAUGUAUUAUGUCUUCUAAGAUAAGGAAACGUUUGCAACUGUUACUUGUUAGUAGUCGUAUUUAUUUACUGCCUAAUUCUUUACUAAUGGCCGGUUUUGAUAUUAAAAAAAGGUUUUGGUUACGAAUAAUAUAAUUGUCAAAGAGACGUAAUAACGAAUAACGGAUAAUGGGAGAUGGAUGAAUUUAUAAUACCAGUGUUUCAAUAAAAUAUUGUAAACUUCUAUUAGACAAUUGUAUGAUGCAUAAACAAAACCAAUAGAAUUUGAAAAAAACAUUAUGACUGAUACUGAGUGCUAACAAAAAUAGUUUCGGUGCUUUUAUUACAAAUGUUAUGAAAGACAUAUGUCUCCGAUUGAAUUUAUGUCAAUUUAUAGAAUUGUAUUUACUCAAGCUUUUAUUUAAUAACACUUGUUAGUAUUAUUCUGAUAUUGCAAGUGAUUUUUUAAAUAAUAAAUUGAUUUGAUAUUUGCAUACUUAUUUUUUUCCACUGGUAACAAAAUUUUA